GCAGGAGCGUCCAAAGUUAUCCGAUCAUCAUGGACAAAGACAAAGAUAAUGCGGAACCGACAUCUAACAGCAGCCAGGGAAGCAGGAGCUCCCGAGGAUCACAGCAAAGCGCAGUUGAUCCUUAUAAAAAGGAAUACAAGUCGCUCGCACGUCCAGUCGGACAUGACAGACAGACCCGAGCGGCCGUGACCUUUGCAAGGAAGGACAGCAAAGGCAGCGACAGCACAUACCAAGUGGCGCUUGGAGCUACACAGAACGAAGAGAGCUCCAGCGGAGACGGAAAGCAAACUCUCGCGUCUGCGGCGGGAAGUAAACCGAUGAACCAGAAAAGGUCACUGGUGAGGAUGGAACCACAAAAAUGGAAGCGGAGGCAGUUGGGGCAUCACAGUUGGAUGCUACCAUUGUCAGAACAGAAGAGCAGGAUAAAAACGUGAACCUGGCUCAAAGGGUUGCUGGAAAGACAAAGGUCACCGAAGAGGAAUUGGCUGAACUUGGAUUGGAUGACCUUUCAUUGAAUGACAAAACGGCAGACGAUGACCUUUGGGCAACUCCAAUGGUCUCAGAUGAAUCCAAUGAAUCGUACUUCACGGAUGAUGAAACGACGAUGAAUAUGUCGUUCCAAUCCGCGAUGAGACAAGCUGACCGUGCUGAAGAGAUGACACCGUUUAAGGACAUACCCGAGCACCUUAUUGAACGAACGAAAACUGGAAAGGUCAUCAAUGUUAGACCGCCAUCACCAAACAGUCCCACAACGACUCUGCGGGCUCGUGUGAGGGAGCUGGAAAACGAACUCGAGGCCAAGGAAAGUCAGGCAAUGAAACGAACAAAAGAAAACCGGGAAAAACUGUCGUCGCUGGAAACCCGAAUAUAUGAAUUGGAACAACAACAGGUUGACUUGGAGAGCACGGCGGACGAAUGGAAAAUCAAAUAUGAACGUCAAAGAGAACUCGCGGAAGAAUACCUGAAGAUGGUAGAUGACAGAGAAAUGGAAGGUCAUCUUGCAGUCAAUGACCUUAACGAGGGUAUGUCGGAAGAAUCAGCGGAAAGGUCACGACACUUAGCCGAAUUGAAAGACGAAUGCGAUUCGUUGAAACAGAAGGUCACCGAAGCCGAAGCUAAGAGGGACGAUUAUGCGACCAAACUCGCUGAGGCAACCUAGCGACUGUUGAUAAACACUACCGAAGUGUUUAAGCUC